UUUAUUUUCAUUAAAAUCCUGUUUAUCCUCCAAUAUUACCAACAAUAAAAUGUAAUUAAAUUUAGUUGAAAAAUAACAGUUCCAACCUAAGGAAAGUUCCAACCGUUCCAAAAGGGUAGUUCGUUUAAAUAAUAAAGCAAUAAAGAAGAAAAAUUGAGGUUACGUUGAUUGUUUGUUUACAUUCUAUAUUUUAAGUUUAGGGUUCCAAAUUUCACUAAUUUACUUUGAACACGCCUUGAUGCUAGUAAUGUAAAUGUAUUUGGUGUUUUCGAACUAGACUUAAAAUGGACUUACUGUCUGAAGUAACGUUUUGUAAAUAUUGUACAGAACAACUUAAGCUCUCUGAAGACGAGGGACUUGAAUGUACAGUGUGUAAAAAGAAUGUACACUUGAGAUGUUUAAAAAGGGGAGCAGUGCCUGGUGGAUUGUCUGGGGACACAUUUUUUACUUUUAUUUGUUUGGAGUGCUCAGUCAACCAAGCUGAAAAUUUUACUCGAACUAAGCUGUCCUGGCUUCAAGUCAUAGUGUUAGUAUUGUAUCACUUACAACAUAAGAGUCCAGGUUUAGCUAGAAAAGGAUUUUUUCAUUGGAGACAUCAUGUUGCUACUUUUGUUGACAGAAAUUGGGAAAUAUUAUUUCCAAGUGAUCAGAAGAGAAAAAAGAAAUGGAUGGGAACAAUAGCUGGAACACUUUCCCAUUUUAACAGAUAUAUUUUCUUAUCUGGUAUAACAGUAUUCAACGAACCUGCUUUUUGGGCAUUGAUGUAUCCUAAAAUUAGCCCUUUGACAGUUUCAAUAGUAUAUUCCGCAAUGAUUCUAGAAAAACAAAACAUGAAAAAUAGGAAGGAGAUACUUGCUCCAGAUGCAGAAUUAUUUUAUAGCUUUUUAAGUAAAUUUGUAGAUGAUCCAGAACUAAUUAAAAAUUUUAAUAGCAUCACUGUUCACAACAACAUAACUGUGGGAUGUACACAACAAGUAAUGGACAACAAGCCAAGUCAAGCAAUGGAUGUUGACGUAGAAGACAACCAAAAAGAGGUGAAACCAAAAUUCAAUUACAAAAGGAAAAAGGCAAAAUUUCUUGGUUUCAACACGAGAAAAUUGACCAAACUCACCCAAACUAGUGUUAAUAGUUUGUUUCCGGAUGAUAUAAUGAACGUCAACUUGGAUUCAUCAGACAAUACCAUUACCAGUUCUCCAGAACCUAAACAAGAGGAAACAAAAGCCAAAGAAACUUUGAAAUUAUUAGAUCCUUUCUGCCAUUACAACACAUCAUUAAACAGUAUCGCUAGAGCUAGAAGCUUAACACUUCAAGCUAAAUUAACAGGAGGAAUCAGGCAGGAACUAAUACUAUCCCCCUAUAGCGGUAUUUAUCUGAAACCCUACAUUCGAAGAGACGUAGAGACCUUUCCCACUUGGCUAAAAUUAAUGGCAGAAAUCCAAGUAACUGCGAAUAAAUCUAAUAAGGAUUAUCGUUUGCCACCCAGGGGACCUAUCGAUUACGCAUACGUUCAGCCAGAACACAUUCCAGCUAUCAAUAGCCUUUGUAAUCAAUUUUUUUGGCCAGGAAUAGAUUUAACAGAAACACUACAGUAUCCAGACUUUAGCUGUGUUGUUUUAUACAAAAGACUGAUUAUAGGAUUCUCAUUUCUAGUCCCAGAUGUUAAAAAUACCGAAAAUUAUAUGUCGUUCUUAUUUACAAGACCUGGCUGGAGAAACUGCGGGAUUGCCAAAUUUAUGAUUUAUCAUUUAAUUCAAACCAGUUUAGAGAAGGACAUAACUCUUCACGUUUCAAUGAACAAUCCCGCAUUGCUGUUAUAUCAGAGAUUUGGUUUUAAAGUCGAGAACGUAGUAUUAGGAUUUUAUGAUAAGUUUCUCAGAAGUGAGGUCAACGAUUCCAAACACGCAUUUCUCUGUAGAUUGGAGAGAAGAUAAAUAUAGUACAAAAAAGAGAGCGGAGUGUUGACAGAAGUAAAUACUUUUUAUCGUUUUAAUUAUAUUCGAUUUAAUUUAAUUCGAUUUUAUUCUAUUCGAUCCGAUUAGAUUUAUUUAAUUGUAUUUUAUUUAAUUUUAUAUACAUACAUACUUUUAUUUAAUUUAUUUAAUCUGAUUUAAAUUCAUAUUAGAUUUUUUAAAUUU